AUGGCCAGUGCGACCGUAGCCUCUGUAAGUUCGGCCUCAUCUUCUGAGCCAGUCUCGCCUACUGCAGGCGACUACCUUCUGUCGGUCAAAAGCUAUCUGAAGAUUGUAAUGCACGCUCUGCGGUACCCACAUGCCACUGUCAAUGGAGUGCUUAUCGCGGAAAAGAAGGGCAAAACAAGCAAGCAGAUUCGUAUCGUCGACGCCAUUCCACUGUUCCACUCUGGUCACGGGCUGGCCCCGAUGACUGAAGUGGCUCUCACUCAGAUCUCGGAGUACUGCAGUAAAAGUUCCGACCUUGUGAUAGGCGGAUACUAUCAAGUUAAUGAUGCCUUCCAUGAACACCCUCACCCAAUUCCAACGGUGUUUGCCGAGAGGAUUGCCGACAAAAUUUUCGAAGCUAACCCAGACGCCGUGUUGUUCAUGAUUAGCAACUUCAGUCUUGCCACUUCGAUUGAUGACAUCACCCGCUUGGACUCGCCUUUCUUCAUGUUCCAGAACAUUGAUGGCAAGUGGAAGCUAAAAAGUAGUUCUGCCAGCUCCAAAGGUUUCGCCCUGGAGGCUGAAUCUGCCAUACUCGAGCUGACAAAUGAGCUCGUUUUCAAAAAGUCGCAUCACUUGAACAUUAUUGACUUUGACUCCCACUUGGAAAAUGUAAAAGACGAUUGGCGAAACCCCAAGUUAAACGAAGUAAUCGAGCAGUUUGUUAAAUCCAAUUAA